AUGGGUGCAAGUGGAAGUAGUGAGAUUAAAGUAACGUUUGAUCGUCCAAAUUUAUUUUAUUUUACUGGUGAACAAAUAAGAGGCGAGAUUUCUUUUCAAAAUACACAAGAUAAGUUAUCAUUAGAUUUAAUUUUUCUUGAAUUUAUUGGGGAAGUUGGAUAUACAACACAAGAAACAAGACAUUUCAAAGAUAAUAAUAAUCAUCCACGAACUGAACAUUAUACAAAACAACAUCACAUACCAUUUAUAAAUAUUCGUGUUCCUGUUGCUCAGCCCCAAUACGGACAACGUGAAAUAACUCUUUAUCGUGGUCAACAUUCGUGGCCAUUUGCAUUUGUUUUACCACCAAACUUGCCACCUUCAUUAAUUCCAUCGGCAAAUUCUUAUCCUUAUGUUAAAUAUUACACUCGUAUUGUUCUCGAUAAACCAUGGUACAAGCCAAAUGCAAAACAAGUUUAUCCAUUAAUAAUCUUUCCUAAUGUUAAUAUUCUUCAUGUACCAGGUGGACAACAACCAGUGUCUUUUUCAAAUCAAAAUCGAAAGAAAAUUCGAUUACAAGGAUAUUUAGCACAAGGUGGUACUGUACCUGGUGGAAAAAUUUCUAUUCAAUUUGAUCUUCAAAAUCCUAAACGAUCAGAAAUUAAAAAGGUCGAAGCGACGUUAAUUCAGCAUCGACAAGUUGCUCGAACUUCUCAUGCCGCAGUUAUAUUUCGAACAGAUAUAUCAGAUUUACAUGAAUUUAAUGGUACAGAAUUACAACGAACUUUCGAACUUCUUGUGCCUUCUACUUGUUUAUCUCCGACUUAUAUGUAUGUAACACCAUGUUCUGGUAUACCAAUCAAUGUUUCUGUCCACUAUGAAUUGCUGUUAGAUGUGAAAGUACGUGGAUUAUUUACUGAUUUCAAAGUGAAUGUACCUGUUGUUAUUGGUACUGGACCAAUGACAAAUGAACAACAGCAACAAAUAAACACUACUAUUGAAAUGCCUAUGGCUAGUGCUCCGUUAUUCGAAUAUGAUGAACCACCACCAAGCUAUGAAACAGUAGUUAAUAAUGAGAAAAUGUAA